AUGAAUUCGACCCCUCGUAAAUCUCUCCAGGGUCUCGACUCGCUGUCGCUUAUUGAAGAGGCGCAAAAAAUCGCCAAAAGUGUCAAAUCGUGGAAAAAGGCUUCUCCCCAUUAUUUUUCCGUGCCCCAAUCUACCUCCAAGGUAGCAACAGAUAUUUACUCCGCCAACUUUAAUGACGAUUAUUGGGUGGCUCGUCACAAUAACUUCUCUGAAUUAUCAGCAGCAGGUCGCAAGAGCAUUUUUGGCCACCUUAUGGAUUACAGCGUCGCUUCCACUGAUGAAUUGGCCAAAUGUCACACGGAAUACGAGAAAGGGUACAUCACUGAGUUACAAGACUUUAAGCUUUCGCCGUUUGUUCUUGAAAACCCACCAAAGGACUAUCAUUGCUUUACAUACUUGGCUGAACUCUACUAUGAGCUUCAGUGGCCGUUGAAGAAGCGGAAAUUCUGCAAUUUGAUCCACAUUGCCAAAAGUAAAGAUGGCAACAGAGGGUACGUGAUCAGCAUUGCCAUUGAUCCAUCUUUGAUUCCAAAUUCGUCGCCAGACACUCAAUUUGUCCAUGCCCAGUACACCUCGGUUGAAGAGGUGGUGUUCGAUCCUGAUAGAGACACUCUAGACUGGAUCAUGACCACGUCUUCGGACGCAAAAGGUAAUGUGCCACUAUGGCUUGCCAAAGCUACCAUGAACGGUGUUGUGGCUAAGGAUGUGCUGCAUUUUCUCCAUUGGGUGUCACACAAGGAGUGA